GUCAGUCAAAGCCCCGACAUCGAUGCCGCGAUCGAGGCUGAUUAGUCAUCGUGCCCCAGUGGGUCACCUGAUUGAGCUUAGGGCAGCCUGUACGGAAACCGGAGAAAUACAAAUUCCGUUUAGACUUUAACGCUAACUCCAUCUGGCCGAAGAACAAACCAAAUUCCCUUCGUUGCACACUUAGAGGUCGUCAUCCUUAAUAUCGAUAUCAGUAAAGUGCAUUCUGAAAAAAUGAUAAGAUGAAAACUAUACCCAGGUCUUAUCCCGUCACGGUGAUUCCGUAGGCCAUUAUAUCUAUCCCGUCGGGUAAACCCGCAUCCUCACGAACAGCAUGGCAUCAUAAUAUACGAUCUUAUGGGCUGUUAUUGUUGAAUCGACAAGCCACCGUUUACGAAGCAAACAACUGAGCUCUCCUUUAUCUACAGAUGCCGUUGAGUUUUGUUUGUUUUAUUACAAAAAUCAAGUUUUGGAGCAAUACAAUAUACAAACGCCUACAUUAACUGGCAUAUCAAACGCUUGGCCUGCACUCGGGUCCAACAUCAGUUCGCACCCUCCGAUGUACAUAGACCAUAAACGGCUUCACAACCUAACUAUGGUGUAAUAAAUUACUACACAACUUGUUUCCACGGAUACCCAUGGCUGGCUAGAGAACAUUCCACGCCGGAGGUAUAGUGCUUGAGGUACUCGUUGGACUCGACGAAAGAAGGGAGAUUCCGCUGCGUCGUAAGCUGUCCAACCCCACAAGAAAUAUGCCUUCAUUUCUUUCCUCCCAGUUGGAGAUGCAUCUUUGUCACUCCGUCCAUGUUCCUACAGCACAUAGAUCAAAAGAUGCCCUUGGAGUUUCAGAACCGUUAUCAUUUUAGUGACGGUUUCAAAAGCGGGAAUUUUACGUGUAACUUAUGUUAUAGCUGCUAUUCUGAAUUAGUGAACCCAUAUUAUUCUUGCAAGGACAAGAACUUGCCCAAGGUUCUCUACACCAUAUAAAGGACACAGGCAUCGCACCCAGCCUUAUUCCUUCUCCCGUCUUCUACGAGCCACUCCUAAAGACUUCAUCCAACAAUCUAUUCGGAUCAAUAUACGGAUAACAUUUGUCUCUUUAUAUUCUUUUCAACUCACGACCAUGCAUAUGUUCGCUGGAACCAUCGCGGUAGCGUUACUAGUUGCGUCCGCAGCCGCGGCCCCUGUGGAUCAGUAUGUAUAUUAAACAAUUCAGAUUGUUGUUGAACUUCACGUACUAUACUUACAAUUAUAGGUUGUCCGUGGACAAGUUAUCUCCAAAGGCCGAGGUUGAAAAGGCUACAUACUGGGAUCUCUUAGGCAAAAGGAUCAUUGCAGAGUUGGAUCUUAUGGUCCCUCGAGGGGUACCCGCGAUGGCUAGCCAUGGUAAAGACGAUGACAAUGACAAGGACGACGACGACUAUGAUGAUGACGACGAUGACCAUCACCAUGGCGAUGAUGACCAUGACGACCAUGAUCACUGGAAAAAAGUGAAGGCACGAGGCCACAAAGACCAUGACGAUGACCAUGACGAUGACCAUGAUGAUGACCAUGACCACGACGAUGAUCACGACCAUGACCACCAUGGUAAAGGUAUGAAGGCCAGAGGCCAUAGGGACCAUGACGACCACGAUAGUCACGAUGAUGACGAUGAUGAUGACGAUGGCCAUCACCACAAGAGCAUCAAAGCAAGAGGCCAUGGAGGACACUGGGACGACGAUGAUCACGAUGACGGUCACGACGAUGACGACGAUGAUGAUCACCAUCAUCAUAGGAGCAUCAAAACUAGGGGACAUAAAGAUCAUGACCAUGAUGAUCAUGACCACGACGACCACGAUGAUGAUCAUGAUGACCACCACAGAAAGAGAUGCCUCAAGUGCAGAGGUCAUGGAGACCAUCACGAUGACCACGAUGAUGAUGACGAUGAUGACCACCAUGACGGGAAAUAAGGGAAUCAAUUCAUCGCAGAAACCCUUGAGCAUAAGCAGCUCAACUCUAGAUAUUCCGAGUUACCGCACUGUUGAUACAGCAGGCCUAAAAUUUCAAACAUAGUAUCACAAACAUUAGGCUAGCCAAGUUCAACCCAUAUUAUCGAGGCAUGGACAUUGAGGUUUUCCUCAAAAAACUACUGACUUUUCGCAUGUCCCAGUGAGCAAAUAUUAACUGUUCACGGCUUUUAAUCUUUUUAUUUCUGGUUACUUGUGAUGAAGGGGCGAAUCUUUGAACAUUCAUAAACAAGCUAUCAUCCAUUCUUUAGCUCCUAGCUGGUAAAUAGCUAAAAUUCAUCACAUCCUUCUAUUCCUAUGUUCGAUUCAAAUACAGCACGAAUUAUCACUAAUCACAAAAGAGCUUGAUAAUAUCU